AUGGCUCAGGUUGAUGUUGGUACCCUUUCCCUCAUUUCCAAUACUAGAACUUACUCGAAGAUAACCCCUGCUAGACCAAUUGAUCCAGUAGUAUGGGACCUGACCCCACUAGAUAUCUAUACACUAGAACCAGGGGUCCUAACAUCACCCCACAUUUGGUCUAGAUUGGGGUUAUACCACCUAUCACUUUUCUAUGAACUGGGGAAUGAAGAUGAUGAUCUUGUCACUGCGAAAAAAUUGGCAGGCUCUCUGGUUGGUAUGCUAGGGUUACUAGGAGAUCCUGUUAAAGUGGCAAAGGAUGAUGCCAUAAAUGCAGGACUACGAGACAGUGGCAUCAACCCAACCUUUAAAGGUCUAUCUGCAGAUGAAGUAUUACAUGAGCUCUCAAGUCCUCAUUAUGACCACCUGAAGAAAAUCCUAAAAGAGGUUAGUGAUCUUUGGGAUAAACUAGUCACUAAUCCGGAUGGAGUUUUGGUCAUGAUGGGGGUGGUACUACUCACUAUUGUCAAAUCAGUCAAUUCAGACAAUGGUGCAGGGUGGAUAAAGAAUAGACUAAAAACGUUUAGUGGAAGUGUAGGAUUUAGGGAGUGGGCCCAACUUUGGUCUGCAGAUCUAAGACCCUCCCCAGAGAUAUUGGGCUGGAACAACAAUUUCCUAAGUGCUAAUUUCUCACUCAGGAGGGCAAUCUUUAUCGUGCUCAACGGUCUUUCCAGGAGCACUAGGGUGACCCCAAUAGUGUCUGUCUGCAAAGAUAUUAUCCAAUUAAUAAGAGGAGCUGAGAUGCACCACUUAGUUUUAAUUGACACAUACUUAAUUAGGAAGUACCCUGAGCUACUAUCACUUCAUGUGCUCAGGGAUCUUAGGGAUCUCUACCAGAAGGCAGUAGAGAAGCUGAGGACAGAGAACACUGAGGAUGUGCUGUUCAUCAAGAUCCUCAAGAAUAAGGAUGAUACAGCAGCUCUUAAUAGGAAUAACUUCACCAUGGCCUCAAUAAUAGCCACAUCCUGCGCAAGAUUCGAACAACCUUCCUUUGAAAAUUACUAUAUGGACCAGUCCGAGAAGGCUAAGGAGUUAUCCUUAUGGGUAACGGAUUAUCUUAGCCAUAGACAAAAGUUGUCAUCCAUAGCAGUUGGGGAGAGUCCAUCAAUUACUAUGGGCCCCCAAGAGUCAGCCCAGUACUUUGAGGAUGUACUAAAAGAUUAUAUAAAAAAUGCAGGAUCUCCAGGAUCUUCUAUGGCAGGAGGUCCCAGCAAGAUAAGAGUGCAACCUGUUUCAACGGUUUAA